AUGGGGGAGGAGGCGAAGCUCGCGUUCACGCCCACCUGGGUGGUGGCCAUCGUAUGCCUCGUCAUCCUCUCCAUCUCCCUCGCCGCCGAGCGCUUCCUCCACUGCCUUGGCAAGUAUCUGAAGCAUAAGAAGCAGAAAGCACUGUUUUCAGCUCUACAGAGACUAAAAGAAGAGCUAAUGCUUCUCGGAUUCAUUUCUUUCGUCCUGAGUCUCUCCCAAGGUUUUAUUGUUAGCAUUUGCAUUCCAGAAACUUCUACUGGCUUCAUGCUUCCAUGCAAGAGAGACGACCACAGAGUUGCAGAAGAAGGUGCCAAAAUUUGCAAGAAAAAGGGUGAUGUUCCCUUGCUAUCACUGGAGGCAUUACAUCAGCUGCACAUUUUCAUAUUUGUACUUGGUUUAGUCCAUGUUGUGUUCUGUGCUGCAACAAUAUUAUUUGGUGGGGCCAAGAUGAGAAAGUGGAAGCAUUGGGAAACAGAAAUUCACGGAGAAGUACAGGAGAAAUUACAGCAAGCAGAGAGUGAAGGAAAAGGCACACCAUCGAGUAUUGUUGUGCUAAAUCGAGACCACCAAGAUGAAUUUGUCCGUGAGCGGGCAAAGGGAUUUUGGAUGAAGCUCGCUGUUGUAAGCUGGAUAACUUCAUUCUUGAAGCAAUUUCACGAUUCAGUGAGUAAAUCAGAUUAUGAAGCACUUAGAUCAGCUUUUGUCGUGAUACACUACCCCCAGAAACCAGAUUUUGAUUUCCACAAAUACAUGAUUCGCGCUGUUGAACAUGAGUUUAAAAGAGUUGUUGGUAUCAGGAUGGCACACAUACUUCUGCUCUUACUUAUUGUUGGUGCCAAACUAGAGCACAUUAUCACUCGGUUGGCUCAAGAGGCAGCAGCAGCAUUAUCAAAUGAUACAGAGGAAGCUCCAAAAAUAAAGCCAUCCAAGGACCAUUUCUGGUUUCACAAGUCUGAACUUGUCCUUCAUUUGAUCCAUUUCAUCCUGUUCCAGAAUUCGUUCGAGAUUGGGUUUUUCUUCUGGGUUCUGGUAUUGCGCAUCACGUCCUCUACUGCUCACUUAAUGUUCCAUCAAUCGGACCUUGGAGCUAACAAUGAUCACUUCAUAGGUAUCAGAAGGGUUCAGUUCGUGCAUGAUGGAACGGAAGCCUUAUGCCAUUUCCAGACUUGUUAUAGGGGUGAUCAUCGAAGUCAUCUGCAGCUAUAUCACGCUGCCACUAUACGCCAUCGUCGCCCAUAUGACCGGAGAGAUCAAGCUGCAUGGUUUAGGCUCCGGCGUGCACGAGAGUGUCCAUGGCUGGCUCGCCGAGGGGGGAAGAAACCCUUCUCGAAGAAGACCGGCGAUGACCCCGACGCUGAUUCCGGUGGGGAGGUCGAGGUAACCCGCCUGGCGCCCAAGGAGCGGUCGGGGAGCUCGCGCAACAUGCUGAUGGCGCCGGCGCCCCCAGUCCUGGACGAGAUCGUCACCGUGGACGACGUCGCUGUGGCUGCGAUAGCCGUAGUAGGCCAAGGACCAUAA